AUGAACUCUCUAGUGAAAAGUGCCAUAUCACACCAUGAGAGGCAUGAGUCUCUACACCGCGAAUGGGAUGAGUUCCUGCAAAGUGAUGGGGCGCAGGUGAUAAAUGAAGAGGCAGAAGAACAGGAGGAUGAAGCUGGGGAGGACAAGGGGGAGGACAAGGGGGAGGGGGAUGAGGGUGAGAUUGGGGAGGAAGAGGAAGAUGAGGGUGAGAUCGGCGAGGACGAAGAUGACGAAGAAGAAGAUGAUCCCAAUAGGAUAGAAGCGGACGAGGGAGAAGAGUUAGAUGAUGAUUUUCUGAUAGCGGAAGGCUAUGGCGCUCUGUAA